AUUGUUGUUGGCUUGGGUUUUUAUUGAUUUUCAAUUGUUUUCUAAAUUAGUGUGUUAAUUAUAUGAACAAAAGCUUUCAUUACAAUGCCGUCCCUCCAGAAAAAAAUAUUCCUUUGCCUAUGCAUAUCAUUUGCCACAUUUAAAACAGUUUAUUCAAUAAACUGCUACCAGUGUUCAGGGACGGAUUCGAAUAAUCCAUUCCAAUGUAAUGAGUUUUUAGAGAACGAUGUAGAUUUACAACCUACCGAUUGUGCGACGAUACACAAUGCUCAGUAUUGUAUUAAGCACGUCGGUCGAUUUGAAGGUGGUAUAAGCACAAAGAGGUUUUGCUCAUCAUUAGACUUAGGUAAUUACUGCAACUAUGUGCAACAGCCAGGUGACAAACUGGAGUAUAGGACUUGCAUAUUUACAUGCGGCAGUGAUGGAUGCAAUUCUGCCACAAGCUUACAUUUCUCCGUCUUCCCAUUAAUAUUACUAUUUGCAGUCACUUACUUUAUAAAGAGAUUCUAACUUUGAUGGAACACACAUUCAAAUACAAUGAGCAUUCCAUUUUUAGCUGUUUUUUGUAGAUGAGUAUUUUUAGUAGCCACUAACUCCAGUGCCUGAAUGAAUGAAAAUUGAUGUACAUGUAUGUAAACCUGAUAGUUUCUGAGGUUUCAUUUAGUGUUAUAUUUCUCUGCAAUGUAUCGAAUAUAACUACUGACUGACUAUCCGUCCAUUAAAUAACAAUUGAAUUGCAUUAUUAUUCCUAGAUAUAUAUUUAUUUUUACCUCUAUAUUGAAUCUCUAAUUCAGUUUCCGUUAUUGACUGACUAGUAAAUAGUAACAUAUCUUUGUAACGCAUACAUAUUUUAUACACGU